AUGUCCAGCCUCUUCCCCAAUCACCACACCCUGGCGCAGACAUUCAGCCCGCCCCUUAGUCUCCGGACUCCAGCGGCGGCCCGCGCAUCUCCACACCAGGCCCGCCCCGAGCUGUACGGCACCUACUCGGUCAUCGAAGACGCGAAGAGCAAGGCGCAAAAGCUGAGCGCCGAGGCCCAGGCCGAGUUCGACAAGGCCAGCAAAGCGGCCCAGGCCAAGACCGGCGGAAUCGAGCUGUACUCGCUCAAGUACUACGCCGCCUGCACCUUUGGCGGUCUUCUCGCAUGUGGUCUCACGCAUACGGCUGUGACGCCGCUGGAUCUUGUCAAGUGCCGUCGUCAGGUCGACUCGAAACUGUACAAGGGAAACUUCCAGGCAUGGCGUCUGAUCUACGGCAAAGAAGGGCUCAGGGGUAUUUUCACCGGUUGGAGUCCCACAUUCUUUGGCUACUCUGCUCAGGGGGCCUUCAAGUAUGGUUGGUAUGAGUACUUCAAAAAGACAUACUCGGACCUCGCAGGUCCCGAGAAUGCCCACAAGUACAAGACAGUCCUCUACCUCACGGCCUCAGCCUCCGCCGAGUUCCUAGCCGACAUUGCCCUCUGCCCCUUCGAAGCAGUGAAGAUCCGCAUGCAGACCACCAUGCCUCCGCCGUACACCGGCAUGGUCGACGGCAUCUCCAAGAUCACCGCAGCCGAGGGCGUCGGCGGCCUGUACAAGGGCCUGUACCCCCUAUGGGGCCGUCAGAUACCGUACACGAUGAUGAAAUUCGCCUCCUUCGAGACCAUCGUCGAGGCGAUGUACCGCCGGCUUCCAGGGCAGAAGAGCGAAUACGGCCGAGGCGCCCAGACCGCAGUCUCGUUCAGUGCCGGUUACCUCGCCGGUAUCCUCUGCGCCAUCGUCUCGCACCCGGCCGACGUGCUCGUCAGCAAGCUCAACGCCAACCUCAAGGCCGGCGAGGGCUUCAGCGUCGCCGUCGCGCGGAACUACAGGGACAUGGGGUUCAUGGGGCUCUGGAACGGCCUCCCGGUCCGGAUCGUCAUGAUCGGGACGCUCACUGGCCUGCAGUGGAUGAUCUACGAUUACUUCAAGAUCUUCAUGGGCCUGCCGACGACUGGUGGUGGUGCUCCGCCGGAGGAGAAGAAGUAG